UCCCGCGAUAUUUCGAGGGGGCCUUCGUCCGGCUAUUGUGGAUUUGAUCUGCGUAUUUAGGUCGGACGUUUCCUAACUCAAGUUGAAAGUUGUAAUUAUGGCUGAUGUUGUGCAGGAGUCUGAAGUUAAGCAGGAGGUGUUGGAUACGGUAGCUGAACAGGAAAAUGAAUCGCACGAAAAUGAAAACGGCGUGAAAGCCGAUGCUGAUGAAGUCCCAAAGCAGAAGUCGGAUCAGAAAGAAAAAACUGGCCACAGGAAGUCGAAUCGGUUUCACCCUUAUUCCAAGGAAAAGCAGGCCGGCACUGGGGACAAGAAGGGUGUCAACAGAAACCGGGUGUUCAUUAGCAACAUCCCCUAUGAUAUGAAGUGGCAGGCAAUCAAAGAUCUAAUGAGAGAGAAAGUUGGUGAGGUUACAUACGUGGAGCUCUUUAAGGAUGCUGAAGGGAAGUCAAGGGGUUGCGGUGUUGUGGAGUUCAAAGAUGAAGAAUUUGUGAAGAAAGCAUUGGAUGUCAUGAACCGGUAUGACCUGAGUGGCAGACCUCUGAACAUCAAGGAGGAUCCCGACGGCGAGCACGCUCGCAGAGUGCUCCAGCGUGGUGCUGGGAUGUACUCAGGGGGGCGUGGCCCCGAGGGAGGUCCUUAUGGGAUGAACCUGCCCCCAUCCAUCGCCAACAAUCCCAACAUCCCUCCCGAGGUCAUACACUCUCUCCAGGCUGGCCGGUUGGGCUCAACUGUGUUUGUUGCCAAUCUUGACUUCAAAGUUGGCUGGAAGAAGCUGAAGGAGGUUUUUAGUAUGGCAGGGGUGGUCAAGAGGGCCGACAUAAAAGAAGACAAAGAUGGGAAGAGUCGCGGGAUGGGGACUGUCACCUUCGACCAGCCGUUUGAGGCCGUGCAGGCCAUCUCGAUGUUCAACGGUCAGAUGCUGUUUGACAGGCCUAUGCAUGUGAAGAUGGAUGACAAGUCUCUUCCUCCCGAUGAUUUCCGUGGCAUGGAGAAAUCUCCGCAGCUUCCUCGGGGUCUCGGCGGGAUCGGUAUGGGGCUGGGCCCUGGGGGGCAGCCGCUCAGCGCCAGUCGGAUAGGCGGUGGCGGCGGCGGUGGCGGCGGCAGCAGCGGUGGCGGAGGCGGAGCCAUGGGUAACAUGGGAGGGAUGGAUGGACCUGGAUACGGAGGAAUGAGCCGGAUGUCAGGGAUGGGAGGCACAGGAGCCUUUAACAGUAUGGAUGGCAUGGGCAGCUAUGGAGGCAGAGACAUGACCCCCAUGAGCAGAAUGGGAGGAAUGGAUGAUUACAGGGGUGGUCCUGCCAUGACCGGGAUGGGUCUCGGAGGCAUGGGGAACAGCAUGGGAGACAUGUAUCCUUCAGCGAUGGGAGGCAUGAACCGCGACUUUGGCCGGAACGACAUGUCGAUGAGCCGGGGAAUGGGUGGCGGGAUGGGGACCUACGGCGGCGGCAUGGCCAGCACGGGGGGUGGGCCCAUGGGCUCCGGAUUGGGUGGUGGCAUGGACCGCAUGGGCUCCAGCUUUGACCGGGUCGGCAUGGACAUGAACCGUGGCUACGGCGGCUAUGGCACUGGCACCGCCCACAUGGGUGCCGUGAUGUCAGACAGAGGCUCUGGGUCCAAGGCGGGUUGCCAGAUAUUUGUACGGAAUCUUUCCUAUGACGUUACGUGGCAGCAAUUGAAGGAAAAGUUCAGGCAUUGUGGUCAGGUGAUGUUUGCUGAAAUAAAGAUGGAAAAUGGAAGGUCUAAGGGCUGUGGCACGGUUCGCUUCGACUCCCCGGAGAGCGCAGAACAGGCCUGCCGCCUGAUGAAUGGCACCAAGAUCAAUGGCAGGGAGGUGGAUGUCCGCAUCGACCGAAAUGCCUGAAGCCCCCUGCCCUCUGCCCGGCCGCGUCCUCACAGUCCUUCCACUUUUGGUUUUGUUUUAAAAACGCAUUUCCUCAGUCUUUGGUGUUGUAACAAUAUUAGUUAUGGUUGACAGUCCCUCUGCCUGAAUGAGUCAUGGGUGAGUUUAUAUAAUUACAUUUUUUUUUUUUAAAUACUUUUAAAUUUGUGGGCCACCGGUUUAUUUGAAUAAAUAAACUUUUUUAAUUUUUA